GCACGAAUGAUAGGGGGCUGUAGAUGGUGCGGCUGUGCGUGGUUUGCGAUGCAAUUCCUGGCGGCAGCUCGCCGACCCUGAGCGCUGAGCUGUAUCAGGUCCUCGUUGACUUGGGCGUGGCGCGGGCCGAUUCGACUGCGGAUCGACCUCGCCUUUGCCGCCAUUGCUCGCACUGGCGGGCGAAAGCGCUGCGGGUGGUGGAGUUCGUGGCAGUUUGGAUCGGAGCUUUUGUGACCGUGCUUCAGCGGCUGUUCCCGGAGGAUCGCGCGCUGAAGCGGCCUGAGCUGGCGGAGCGUCGCAAUGCGCUCCAGGUUGGUGGCGAGUUUCAGGAGUACGCUCUGACCAAACAUGGGGCGCCGGCCCCUUUCUUGGACCGCGCGACGCUCCAGCUGUACACCCUCGUGCAGCACCAGCAGCCAGCGGACAUCUUAAUGUCAACCAUAACUUUGCGUGCUUUGUGCAACGACGCAGAGCACAUGAGGGCGUUCUGGCUGUUGUUCGAGCAGGUCCGUGGUGUCCCUCUGGGCGCAAUCUCCUUGCGCCGUUGCAGCGACAGUGCUUUGGAGGAGCUCGUCAUGGCGACGAAGUCCCAAUGGCACAGGUCUGGCAUAGGCCAACGGGCCUGCCCUUGGCACGCCUCGCAGAAGGGGCCCGCUCUGAGCAAAGCAGUGCGCUGGCUGCGGUCAUGUUACGAUCGCGUGCGGCGCAUGGGGGCGAAGAAGGUUUUGAAAAAGGGCAAGAUCCUCCAGAAUCUGACGACGUGCGGGUUCAACAAAAGCGGACUAUUUCGAUCCAUGGUGGCCAGAGAUCUUGAAGCUCUUUUGCAUCUCGAGGAUGAGGAGGGCUGGGGGACAGGCUAUACGCAUGUUAAACUUCUCACCCAGCAAAUCUCAAAACUCGUGUUUUGUGCAUUAGAGUGUUGAGAUUGAAAGUGUGUGUAUGUGUCCCAUGUUCCCAAGCGUUCCGCGGUCGCUAUGACACAUGAGCCUUUUGAUACCAUGAGCAGGGCCGUUUUUAUCAGGUGUUCUUGGCAGGUGCAGGCAAGCAGUAUCGUAAAGUACCAAUGCAGAUCGUUGUCUGCUCACCCGAGCCCUAUUCUAAGUGUGCGCGCGCAGUUUGGGGUUUCUUUGAACUUGAAAUCAGUGUCUCGAAGUUUUUGUGGCAGAAGCUGGAUGUGUUUUUUCUCGCUCCACAUAUAUUAAUAAUAUUGGUAUAUGAAUAGAC